AUGGGCACGAGUGCAGGUGGCAACAUGGCUUACCAUGUAGGACUACCUGUAGCAUCAGCCAUUGAUGAGUUUGGACCGUUGAAGAUCAAAGGGUUGAUAUUGCACCACCCAUAUUUUGGUGGGUCCCAGAGGACUGACCGGAGUGAUCUGAUGUGGGAUUUCACGCCGCCCGUGGGUGCGGACAGAGAUCACGAGUAUUGCAAUCCAACGGUAGUGCGUGAUUUGAGGGCUCUGUGUGCUGAGAUUGCACGGCUGGGAUGGGAGGUAAUAUUAGCAGCGUGUGACCGAGACCCAAUGAUUGAUCGACAGGUGGAAGUGGUGAAGAUCUUGCGAAGCAGAGGAGUGAAGGUGGUAGACCACGUUGGGGAAGGGAAUCAUGGAAUGGAUCUCAUAGAAGCAUCAGUCGCCACAACAGUUGGUACAGAGGGACUAUGCCACUCUUUGUGCGGUGAGUUACGGCACACCUACCUUGCAUCGCAACGCACCUGCUAUUAUAACAAUUCAGCUAUCAUGAUAGCUCCUCCAGCCAACUUUUGA